UGAUGACUGUAACAUACAGUGCUGAGGUUGCCACCAGCAGAGGUUUUGGGUGCUUCUGGAAGCUUCUCUUUAGGUGGAGAGGUAGCAUUUACAAGUUGCUGUGGCCAGAUCUUGGCCUGUAUGUAUUCUUCUACUAUUCCCUGAGUAUUACAUAUAGAUUUCUCCUUGGAGAGUCACAACGCAGGUACUUUGAAAAGGUUUCUCUGUACUGCAAGGUGUAUGGGGACUUGAUUCCUGUUUCAUUCAUCCUGGGCUUCUAUGUGUCCAUUGUAGUUAAACGAUGGUGGGACUCUUUCAACUGUAUCCCAUGGCCGGACACCCUUGCCUUCUUCGUCAGCGCUUAUGUGCAUGGACAGGAUGAAAGAGGACGCCUGAUGAGAAGGGGCAUCAUGCGCUAUGCAAAUCUAGCCUUUGUCAUCACCCUUACAUGCAUCAGCCCCUGUGUCAAAAAACGAUUUCCCACCAUGGACCACCUUGUUGAAGCUGGCAUACUCCUACCCAAUGAGAAAAAGAUCAUGGAACACCUCAAGACAUCCCACUCGACAUACUGGAUGCCUCUGGUGUGGGCAUCCAGCAUUGCCAUCCGAGCACGCAAGGAGGGACGCAUUCGGGAUGACUUUGCACUCAAUACUCUAGUAGAGGCUAUAGCAAACUAUCGAUCCCUAUGUGGUGGCCUCUACAACUAUGAUUGGAUCAGCAUACCUUUAGUAUACACACAGGUGGUGACCCUUGUGGUGUACACCUACUUCCUAUCUACUCUGAUGGGUCGGCAAUAUUUGGAUCCUGUUCAAGGAUAUCCUGGUUAUGAUGUGGAUCUGUAUAUUCCAGUCUUCAACUUCUUGCAAUUCUUUUUUUACAUGGGAUGGUUGAAGGUUGCAGAAACUUUAGUGAACCCUUUUGGUGAAGAUGAUGAUGAUUUUGAAGUCAACUGGAUUAUUGAUCGAGAUAUACAGGUGUCAUACUUGAUAGUGGAUGAGAUGCACCAGGAACACCCAGAGUUGUUGAAGGACCAAUACUGGGAUGAGGUGCUGCCAGAUCUUCCCUACACUGCAGCGGCAAUGCCCUUCUACACAGAACCACCUAUGGGAUCUGCUGCAAACCUUGUAAUACCUCCUCAUGAAGCUGAAUUUGUUCCUCUAGAAACAGUAAUAGAGGAUGAUGAUGAAUUGGAGGUUGUCAAAGUGAAUGGGAUUCCUUGUAAAGGGACGAAAGCAUCUAGCCUUCUCUCUCACAAUCUGUCUGGCAGCUCAUACAGUGGUCUCUCCAAGCUGGGCCAUUCCUUCCACCCCAGAUCUUAUGAAAAGAAAGGCAUCUUCACCAUGAUGCAGGAUUUAUUUAGCAGAGAACCUUCCGUGCGAAGGAAAAAGAGAAUCUGGAAGGCUCCUUCUAAAGAGAGCACCAUUGACCCUUCGCUUUCAUGUGAUACUUCUGGCCCUCCUACACCACUGGAACUCAAGACACAGCGAGAUUUCAAUGAUGACAUCUUUCGUUUGUCUGACUUGUCUCUGGCUGACUCCCGUGGCACAGGCAUUGCUCAGAGUCCUGGAAUCUUGGGCAACCUGCAAAUUGCAGAUUUUUUCGGCCGUCUACGUUCAGACAGGUCCAGUCAUCGAGCAUCUGGUCAUGUAUCAACACCUGGCGCUCGUACUCUUGGUAGUGAGGCUCCAGAUGAUGAAAACGUCAGAACUCCCGGUAUCCUGAAAAAGCAAAGAGCAGGAAGCCUCAAGCAGUUUUUUCAUUCUGGGAAAUACCAUGGAUCGCAGAAAUCCCUGAUAGAUCCUAUGCAUCUGAAUUCUGGAUCAAGCAGGCGACUAACUGAUGAGGAUUCUGAGUAUUUGCAAAAUAAUCCCAACAAUGGAUUGGACACAGAGAAAGGAAAUGAAGUUUCACCUGCAAACUCAGAUGAAGAUAUCACAAUCCUGGAAUCUUUCCCGAAUUUGAAAAAAGAGAAAGAUUUUGACAAAGGUAGUUCGUAA